AACCAUCCUGAGACAAACUACUCAGAGAGUACAACCACUUGAGUCCAUCGCUUUGUCACUUUAGCAACAAUUGAUUGAUUGAGCAUUUGGUAGAGGUUGGGUUUUCGGUAUAGUCUUGUUAAGAAAAAUAUUGACAAUGUCAGAGGCAAACAGCAACAGUGAGUUUCAAACUUUUAUUGAACAAGAAAACCAAAAAGCUGCCAUUCAAGCAGCCAUUUCCAAACUGACCGAGACCUGUUGGGAUAAGUGUGUUGGAAAACCUGGAAGUAAAUUAGACCGUGCGGAAAGUGAAUGUAUUGCAAACUGUGCAGAGAGAUUUCUUGAUUCUAGUUCGUUUAUUAUGCAACGGCUGAUGAAGAAACAGUAACGGGACGUCGUGAUGUUGGAGUAGCUUUAUAAAGCUAAUUGGAAUAGAGUUUCUAAGAAUGUUUUCAAUAUCGAUGAUACGUACUUGAUAGAUAUAAAAAAAUCCAAUUUUGUUAUGAAGAAAGAUCUUGCAAGUUUAUUUCAUACUUGUUCAGAAACGCAACACAUAAACUAGAGUCAUCUCCGGUUCGUGAAAGAAUCAGAGCUCGACCGACGCGAGUCACAUUUUUCGAACCUCAAUAACUUCAACCUACUGAAGCUUCUGGUCCAAGGUUGAUCUGCUCUUUCGAGGCUUCCUUCUUCGGGUCUUUUCAAACAACGAUGUAUUGAAGCUUUCGUCGUUGUCCCAUCAAGAAAUAAACCUUUUAUGAACCAUUUUAGUUGAAUAUUUACGAAGCAAUUAACAUAUCAAAGUCUCUAAGAAUAUAAUAUUUUACCAAACAGAGAUACUUUACGAUUCUUUGGUUACAUUUUGUGUCUUCAGAAUGCUAAACUGAAAAAUCGGUUCGAUCUAUUUCCUCAGAUAGAGACUUCACGUUAUUUGGUUAUCGCUUGAAAUGAAAGAUUAACUUGUUUAGCAAGUUUUGCUCAUCGGCGAAUAACUAUUCUCAAACUAUUAACGAC